AGUGUGUGCAUUGUGCCCAGCUCUAGCCCUCGUCAUCCACUGCGAGAACCAUCCUGCUCAGGACAGGCGGAAUGAUGUUAGAAGGUCAAAGGUGACUGGAGCUGGCUGGUGCUAACUGAGCAGACUGGUUUCCAGUAUAGGGACUGGUAGCAGGCACAGUGAUCAUGCCGGCACUGCAGACCAGGAAGAGGAUUGGCGUCUGUUUGAAUGAGAAAAAGAAAAGAAAACUGAAUUUCCAUGUGUUUGAGGAUCUAUGCAGGAAUCACGGCUAUGAUGUAACAGAGGUUGACCUCACCAAAUGUCUCAAUAGCCAAGGACCAUUUGAUCUGAUCAUCCACAAGUUAUCAGACCUCCUGGUGGAAGCUGGUCAAGACCUGACUUCCCACCACCUCGUCCAAAAGCUUCAGGUCUAUCUGGACACACACCCCUAUACCAUCCUCCUGGAUCCCUUACCUGCUCUUCAUACACUGCUUGACCGCUUCCAGUCCUACCACCUGCUACGCAGCCUGGAGACCCUCAACCAAGGGGUCAGUGUGUUCUCCCCUCCAUGUGUGGAGCUGAAGACCAAACGUAGUGAUGUGGUAUCACUGGUCAGAGCCCAUCUCACCUUCCCCAUCAUUUGCAAAACCCAAGUGGCUCAUGGGCCGAGCUCGCAUGAGAUGUCCCUGAUAUUUAAUGAUCAGGGCCUAAAGGAAGUGACUCCUCCCUGCCUCCUACAGAGCUUCAUUAACCACAGUGCCACGCUUUAUAAGGUGUUUGUGGUGGGAUCGCAGCGGUUUCUGGUGCAGAGACCUUCCAUACGCAAUUUCCCUCUGGGGGAGACAGACCAGGGGACAAUCUUCUUCAACAGCCACCAGGUUUCCAAAGCAGAAUCCUGUUCACACCUGUCGCAGACACCCCUGUACCCAGAAGUGCUUCGUCCAUCGGAUGAUGUUGUUCGACAGGUGGUUAAGGGACUGCAGGAGGCUCUGGGAAUGUCCCUCUUUGGUGUGGAUUUAAUUGUGGACACACAGUCUGGUCGUUGUGCUGUUAUUGACGUUAAUGCUUUUCCAGGAUAUGAAGGGGUCCCUGAAUUCUUCCCAGCUUUGCUUUCACAUGUGGAUAAAAUCCUGCAGAAGGAACCUUUCUCCACCUCGGAACACCCACCCGAUGUCCCCCAGUGUGAAGAGCGCGCAAUGAAACGGAGAUCACUACCAGAGGCUUGUAAGAGUCGGAUCAGCAACAAAUCUUACUUCACCAUGUGUACCCCGGCCUUGUCAGCUGACCGGUGACAAAGAUGACAUCCUCUAGUAAUCUCAGUAUGGACAACCUUUCGCUGUUAUGGAAUUACUCCUAUUGCACUGAGACAGUGUCAGGUAGCGGAGU